AAUUUCAUUGUUAUAUUUAAGUUUACUCUCUUUAUUGUUGUUAUUGUUAUUCUGUGAAACUUUAAUAGUUUCAAAUUGUAAUUAUAGUUUCCCUUGAAAAUUUCAAUAAAAAUAUGGACCCAUUCGAAAUAGAAUUCAUAGGUGAAAACAGAAUAUCGAGUAUAAUACCAAACUUUUCACACGACAAAAUAUUUUUAAUUUGUGGUGAGUUUGGACCGUUUCGCGCCGGUUUACCGAUGAACGUACCUCUUUGGCUGGCUGUGAUGUUGAAACAGAAACAAAAAUGUCGAAUAGUGCCACCAGAUUGGAUGGAUAUUGAAGUUUUGGAGAACAUUAAAGAAGAAGAGAAAAAAUCUAGAUUUUUCACAAAAAUGCCCCAUGAGCACUACAUGGUAGAAGCUAAACUGAUCCUGGGAGCGGCCGCGGAGGACAUACCACAAGCUUCUGAGAUCAAAACAAUUAUUAAAGACAUAUGGGAUAUAAGAAUGUCAAAGCUAAGAACUUCUAUGGAUGCUUUGAUGAAAUCAGGGGGUUCAUACGGUAGAUUGGAUCACUUAACAAUGAUGGAAAUAAACUCUGUCAAACCAUUGCUUCCGCAGUCUAUGGACGAGCUACAUAAGAUAAAAAUGAUGACCAGAACAACGGCUAAUCCAAAUUUGAACAUUUCGACAUUCAGCCAGUCUGGUAGUUCACAACACACGUGAAAUAAUGAAAAUAUCGUCGUUAAAGAGUUUUAAAUAAGGCAUUUUAUUUAUAUAAUGCACUAGAAACUCAA